AUGAAAUCACUGUUAUGCGUGCGAUACUUCAUCUUGCUCGUAUUUGCUAGAUUCAGCCAGCAGCUACCUAACCCCGGUGACUAUGACAUCGCCAAUUCUGCAAAAUUGUAUCAGGCAGGUGCUAGGUCAUCACCAACGAACAGCCUAGUUGACUACGCUGGUGGCGGAUCGGGUAAGCCAUCUAGCAACCAAAGACCUGGUGAGUACCAGGUCAAACCAAUGCCGAGCGGAGUGGCACCUAUUGGGAGUCAGAAUGCCCAAUCCAUGAAAUCCAACAACAUUCGACCUUUCGUUUUUCCAAAAGGCACUUAUUUACCAAAUCUCUCCGAAAGGAAGGACAUGAUUGGAAGCGCUCAAGGCGGGCCUAAAAUCGCUGCGGUGCUGAUGAUUCCAAAUCACGACCCAAGUGGAGGCAUAGGAAGUCGCAUGGUCGGACAACCUAUUGAGAAAGGCACUCUUGCUCAGCUCACUAGCGGGGGAGGUAGCAUUGACAGCAGUGAUGAUGACAGCAUCGCUCCUAUUUACAUUAUUGAGUUCAAGGACUCGACGAACAGCGUUGCUUCACCACAGGCACCCUUCAGAAUUAGGAAGGGAACUCCUGCCCGGGAGAACUAG